GGUCUUCUGGGAGUUGUAGUUCUUUCGGCUGGACCUGGACACGCAGAGUCCUACAUCUGUAAGGACUCGUUAGGUGGAGGCUACCCGCCGUGAUUGCGGUUGGUCUCAGCACCUAGAAUCAUGUCCCGCGUGUUGGUGCCUUGUCAUGUGAAAAGCACCGUAGCCCUGCAAGUGGGCGACGUGCGGACCUCCCAAGGUCGGCCCGGCGUGCUGGUCAUCGAUGUCACCUUUCCCGGCCUCCCGCCUUUCGAGUUGCAGGAAAUCACAUUUAAGAAUUACUACACAGCUUUUUUGAGUAUCCGUGUCCGUCAACAAACCGCAGGGCAUACACUAGCCAAGUGGGUAACCUGCCUUCGGGACUACUCUCUGAUGCCUGAUCCACACAGUGAGGAGGGAGCCCAGGAAUAUGUAUCGCUAUUCAAACACCAGAUGCUAUGUGACAUGGCUAGAGUCCUAGAGCUACGUCUGAUUCUGCGACAGCCAUCACCACUAUGGCUGUCUUUCACAGUGGAGGAACUGCAGAUCUACCAGCAGGAACCAAACAGCCCCUCUGUGACCUUUCCCAAGUGGCUUUCCCACCCAGUGUCAAAUGAGCAGCCUGCUCCCAGUGUUGAGCAGGGUCUCCCAGACCCCAGCAGAGUAUCCUCGGAGGUGCAGCAGAUGUGGGCCCUGACAGAGAUGAUACGGGCCAGUCAUACUUCCACAAGGAUCGGCCGUUUUGAUGUUGAUGGCUGUUAUGACUUGAAUUUGCUGUCCUACACAUGAGCACAAGCUCCUACCUGAGACAUUGGCCUUCUGUGCCCAUCCAGGCAUGGUUUGGCCACCAGAGGCUGAAGUGUGUUUUCUGUGCAUCCAAGUUCUGUCUGGGCCACAUUUGCAAAUCCGGAAUUCUGGGGGCUCCCCUAGUUGUUUUAGCAUGAGUUCCUAGUAGGGAACUCAUGUCUUCCUGUCUUCCUGUCUGCAAUGCAAAUUUCAGUCUCUCAAAAUACUCUGGUUCUACUUACUAAGACUCCUUAAGCGCCCUCUGUCUAUCCUGCCAACACACACUCCUCUCUCUUCUACCAGUUCCCCCAUCUUGAAUGCAGUGGACUGGGAUGAACCUGUUCCAGCUAGCUGUGGAAAGCCACAGCUACUUUGACAUUCAUAAACUAGGAAACUUGAGGAAGAGAUGUCCUAUUUUCCUAUGCGUUCCUCAGUGGCCUUUUUCCUUUUGUGUUAUACCUUCAACAAGAAAAUGUCCUCUUUAAAUUUGUCUGCUACCAGCCCAGGAGGCAGAGCUGGGGAUUUGGGGAACUUGAGUGCCUAGCUCCAUGAGCAGGCUCCUGAAAUGUGCUCUCUUGGUCCUGGGUAGGUACAUCUGGCACUCCUGGGUUCUGAGAAUGAGUCCUGCAACCCAUCUGCCAUCUGACAGCCCAAAGUACAUCCAUGUUCCUUUUGCCAGCUGCUGCUUUUUAGUCAUGCCCAGUGUGAUGAGCAAUCAACCUUGUGGGGAGCAAUCAACCAAGUGCGGGUCUCACUGGUGCUUUUUGAGAGGGUGGGGUUCUCUAUUACUUCAGAAUGAUGAAGACUGCUCUUCCUAUGAUAAGAUUCCACUUCCCUCUUGUUCUUCCUGACUUUGCCCCUGGGAGCUGUUAUGAAGCAAUGCUGCAAAGUGUCUCAGACCUGGAAAGUUGGAUAUGUAUAUGUGUAACACUUUUCUGGGAAAGUUCAGCCACCUUUUGGUAGCUACCUGGUGUUCUUACCCAUAAGCCUUCCCCCCCCCCCUUUGGUCUUUUUGAGACAGGGUCUCCCUGUAGUCCCAGUUGGCCUGGAACUCACUUUGUAGACCAGGCUGGCCUUGAACUCACAGAGAUUCACCCGCUUCUGUCUCCCAAGUGCUGGGAUUAAAGGUGUGUGCCACCACGCCUGGCUCCCAUCAGCCUUCUUAAAGAUAGUGUCUUCAUCUGCAGGAUCAUUUAUUAGCCCCAUCCAGUUUUUGCUGAAUGGGUGAUGACCAUAUUCCUGUGUUCAGGGAACAGUGGUCCUCAGUGUGUUUGAGUAAAGAGGACAUUGGAGUGGCAGGGACCAUGCAUUAUUCACAGCUGUGUCCCCAAGCUCCUAGCACUGGGGCUAGUGUGCAGCAAAGUCAAUAAAUACUUGUGGAAUGUA